AUGGCGAAACCUGAUCUAACCUCGCCUCUCAUAUCCUCCCAACCGUCUGAUCCACCUCACGUCAUUCUCACCGUCCACGAAAGUAAUUCCGCUCAUCACCGACAGCAACAGUCUCCGAACGGAAUCCACCAUGGCAAUCAAAAUCACCACUUUUACAAUGAGACUCGUUGUUCCAGUAAUCUUCGUAAUCCGUUCGAGUUCCUUGGAUCGGGCAGGCUGGAAGUCCCUCCACCAACGACGGUGGAUCCCUUUCGCAAUCACACGCACGCGAUUGAUGGUGUUUACGAGGUGAUUAAAAUUGUGGUUUGUUUACCGAUAGCUGCGGUGAGGCUGGUGUUGUUCGGGUUGUGUUUAGCGGUGGGGUAUAUCGCGACGAAGCUGGCGCUUCAAGGGUGGAAGGAUAAGGAGAAUCCGAUGCCAAGAUGGCGGUGCAGGCUCAUGUGGAUCACUCGGAUUUCCGCUCGCUGCAUUCUCUUCUCUUUCGGUUACCAAUGGAUAAGAAGAAAAGGAAAACCUGCUCCUCGGGAGACUGCACCAAUAGUUGUUUCUAAUCAUGUAUCAUAUAUUGACCCUAUCUUUUAUUUUUAUGAAUUAUUCCCCACGAUUGUUGCAUCCGAGUCCCAUGAUGCCCUACCGUUUGUUGGAACUAUAGUCAGGGCAAUGCAGGUGAUUUAUGUUAAUAGAUUCUAUCCUCCAUCAAGGAAGCAAGCUGUUAAUGAAAUAAAGAGAAAGGCUGCUUGCGAUAGAUUUCCUAGAGUGCUCCUAUUUCCUGAGGGAACAACUUCCAGUGGAAAGGCCCUUUUAUCAUUCCAGCUUGGUGCAUUCAUUCCUGGCUACCCAGUCCAACCAGUAAUUGUUCGUUACCCCCAUGUACACUUUGAUCAAUCUUGGGGAGACAUAUCUUUGGCAAAGCUUAUGUUUAGAAUGUUCACUCAGUUUCACAAUUUCAUGGAGGUAGAGUACCUUCCUGUUGUUUUGCCCCUUGAAAAUCAAAAAGAAAACGUUUCUCGUUUUUCUGAACGGACUGGUCAUGCCAUCGCAACAGCUUUAAAUGUUGUACAGACAUCUUAUUCCUUUGGGGACGUAUUACUUCGCAUGGAAGCAUCUUCUUCAAACCAGGAUAAGCCCGCAAGUUACAUGGUUGAAAUGGCAAGGGUGGAAUCAUUAUUCCAUAUAAGCAGCAUGGAGGCUUUGGAGUUUCUGCAUAGGUUCCUGUCGAUGAAUCCAGACAGCAGUGGUUGUGUUGUAUAUCACAAUUUCUUGAAAGCUCUAAGACUGAGGGAUUGUACUCUUUCAAAAGAGGUAUUUGGGUUCAUUAAUCUGGAGAAGAAUGGAUCAAUUACAUUCAAGCAGUUUUUAUAUGCAUCAGGUCAUGUUAGGAAGCAGCCAUUAUUUCGGCAAGCAUGUGAACUAGCAUUUGCUGAAUGUGAUGUUGGCAGAAAUGAGUGCAUUUCAGCGAAAGAAUUGGGAGAUUCUCUGCAACUAGCAAUACCAAACUUGAACGAGCAUGAGAUACAUGAGCUCUUCAAGUUGUUUGAUGUGGAUGGUGAUGAGAGUGUCAGCAGAGAUGAAUUUAAUACUUGCCUAAGAAAGAAUCCAUUGCUGAUAGCAUUGUUUUCGGCUUCUUUACUGGCGGGAAACUCAUGGAGAACCGGCGAUGACUUGCUGGAAGAGAUUGUGUGACAGGUUAAAGACUUGUGUACCAUGAGUACCUCUCAUGAUUGGGUUCUUUUAUGUGGGGGAUUGGGUGGAGAGAUCAAGUGGGGUUGAAGGGGGAAGUGUAUUUUGAACCUUGCCUUUGUAAUACUUUUUCAAGAUUGCUUUGGCUAUUAAUAUGGUACUUAUUUGAUUAUCUGAAAAA